GCAACCCUUUGGUACACACAAGGUGACACUCGCUACUCUGCUCUGCCUCUCUGCCUUUUUUCUUCUUCAUUUCUUCUUUCUCUUGCUCGUCUUUCCCCCUCCCUCCUCAACCUCCUCCUUCGAGACGAUCAUCAGUUGCUUGUUGUGUAGCAUUAUGGCCGCAGCCCUUUAAGACAAGAAGGGCAUUUUCUCAGCCGCGACCCUUAGCAUUCAUUGCGCCCUCUUCUUCAAAGGCCUACCAUCGGGACCACCAUUUCCUCCACUGCGGCUGAGCAGGCAUCACGUAUCAUAUGCCAAUUAGCGAACCACCCCGCCUCAAUCCGGCCCCCCCCUCCCUCCCCGACAGAACCAGGAACCUCAACCAAAAGCUCCUUUCUCAGGGAAGAAGGGCAGAAUCUCGCUAUCCUCUUAUAGAAUUCUCAUUCCAAAGACAUUUCUUUGCUUCUUGACGUCUUGCAACUUCAAUCAUCAUGUUGCGGAAAAAAGAGGUCUUCACCAUCAUCACGCCCAUCCCGGGCUUCAUCCCCCGCCAGCUGGCGAUCGAUAUCCUCCACAGCCAUUCCGAGGUCAUCGCGGUGAAUCCUCUGGUUCUGGACCACAAGCCCAUCAAGGCGCCUCGGAAUGCCGCCGCGGACGAGUACUACUCGACAUGGUACGAGAUCUCGCAAAAGAUCCAGUUCGUCCCUGGGAUAGGGAAGAUUGGGUCGGGCAAGAUCAGCUUCAACGGCUGCUUCCAUGACAUGCCCUGGGGCCUGCAGACGCACAUCUAUGCACCCAUGAACGUGGACCUGAAGAACCGCUACCGCAUCGCCGGCAACCAACCCGGCAUCGAGCCUCCCGAACCCCAGGAGCUUGGGUUGGGCGGCGCCCCCAGCGACGGGCUGUACCUCAAGGACGACGUCGAGAUCAAGUGCAACGUCGCCAUGGUCAGCUUCGUCAAGAGCCAGCUCAAGACAGCCUCCAAGGAGAUGGUCGACCGCAUCAUCAGGAAGGCCGAGCUCCUGGACCGCGGCGACCUGCACGCCAUGAUCGAGAACGGCAAGCUGCGCACCAUCAACCCCAACGACAGGACCAACACCAUCACCUCGAGCGGCUCCAUGUCGCCUCCCCCGCAGCACUCACCGACUUUCAAGGACCGCACCGGCACCAUCUCUCCCGAGCCUAGGCCCUACCAGGUCCCCCGCCCGUCAUCCUACCAGCAGUUUGCCGGCAACAGGCAUCCACAAGCCGACCAGAAUGCUCAGAGCCCUCACUGGUCCGCCCCCUACGGCGGCAUCCACCAGGCGCCCUCGCAGCGCCAGAAGGCCCCUGCUCCCCUGGUGGCGCACGCCGAACUGCCCGCUGCAACCCCGACACCGCCCGCCGCCGCCGUGGAGAUGCCCGGCGACUUCUGCUACCCGCCGCAGGCUUCACCAGGCUUCGCACCUCCGCAGCCGUCACCCACCUACACCUCAGACCGCGAGUCCAAUUUUUCUUUGCAGUCGUCGCGGGCAUCACCGCAGCCGCUGCAGCACGCGAGGUGGUCCCAGGGCUCUGAGACGUCGGGAGGCAGCAGCGCCAUGUACUCGCCGGGCCUGCCACCCGAGCACCUGCCCACCCACGACGAGGCGCCCGAGCAGGAGCACGCCUUCAACAAUAUCUAUAGCAAGAACCAAAACAACAAUGCAAAAAACAACGAUGGCGAGGCGCCGCCACCGAACUGGGAUGCCGUCGCCGCACGCCGCGCACAGUAUGUGACGAGCACGCCGCCGCCGUCGUCGAGGUCGUAUGCGUACAACCCAGCCGACUACGCAAACGUGAGAAGAGGCUCGCCGAUGGGGACGGCGACUUAUGGCCAGAACCAGUGAAGCAACAAGGGCUGAUGGAGGAAGAUGUGAAUGAGUUGACGUUGUUUUUGCCCCUCUCCCUUCGGUGUCAGAACUUGGAGAGAAACCAGGCGACAUGACAAUGACUGGCGUGUGUGUGUGUGUGUGUGUGUAUGGAGCGCCAGUCUCUCGUUUGGUGUUCUGGCGUUUCGGGAACUCAUGAAGGAUCUGUGAUUAUGAUAUAUGGGGUCAGGCUGCUGGAAGAACGAUGGGAGUUGGCUCUCUGAAACUUGAUAUCCAAAUACUUCUCUCGGCGUUCUUUCAAACAUCCAAGACUUGCUUUUUUCUUUCUUCUUUCCCCCGUCAAUGGCGUCAAUUGGAAAGAGCCUGGAACUUGGCGACGGCAGUGGCAACGCGAUGACCAGUUAGUUGGUGGCUGGACAAUAUUAUGAUUCUAUGUCUAUAUUCUACGAAUUCAACCAGAAACUUUGGACUU